UAAUUGAAAGAAAGAGGGGUUAAUGGUAGUUUUAUAAGAAAUAUAAGGAAGAAAUGUAAUUAAGCAAGAAAUUUGUCUCGGAGCGGCGGGUAAAACUCAGAAACCGACAUCGAAACGUCGUAGUCACCGAGUUUCGGCCAUGUUAAUCUCCCCAAAGUUUGCCGGCCACCGACGGUGGGUCUACACCACAAUCAACUUCACCCACUUGUUCUCAACCACCGCCGCCUCCGCCCCCUCCGCCGCCGCCGAUGAUGAUGACCCCUUCAAAACGCAUCCAUCGUACCAGCACCUCGCCACCAUCAAAUCCAAAUCGGAGCUUCUCCAAUCCUACACCGUCACCCCACCCAUCAAACCGUGGCCCCGAUACCUUUCCCAUAAAAAUCUCAUCUCACUCGUCAAAUCCCAGCAUGAUGUUAAUCUUUCCCUCCAAAUAUUUCACCACGCUGGCAACUUCCACCCUGGUUUUUUCCAUAAUUACGAAACCUACCACUCCAUCCUCAACAAGCUCUGCCGUGCUCGGGCCUUUGAUAAAGUAGAGACCCUUUUAACUGAAUUACGAAAUUCCGGCAUCAAAUGUGGGGAAGUUUUGUUUGUAAAUGUGAUUCGGAACUAUGGGAUUGCUGGUAAGCCCAAAUUGGCCCUUAAGACCUUUCUGCGAAUUGAAAAAUUUGGAGUUCAGAGGUCAGUCAGAUCAUUUAAUGCUUUAUUGAAUGCUUUAGUACAAAACAAAGAGUAUGAUUUUGUUUACGCUUUGUUUAAGAAUUGCCAGAAGAAGUUGCAUAUAACGCCCAGUGUGUUUACUUGUAAUAUCUUGUUGAAUGCUCUCUGUAAGAAAGACGAUAUUAAUAGUGCAACUAAAGUUCUUGAUGAGAUGCCUGUGAUGGGAAUAGUUCCCAAUGUUGUGAGCUACACAACCAUUUUGGGUUGUUAUGUAUCACUUGGUGAUUUACUCGGCGCCAAGAGGAUGUUUGAUGAAAUUGUUGAUAGAGGGUGGUUGCCUGAUGCAACGACGUACACUAUCUUGAUGCAUGGUUAUGUUAAGCAAGGGAAGUUUAUUGAUGCAGCUAAGAUAAUGGAUGAGAUGGACGACAAUGGGAUUGGGCCAAAUGAAGUGACAUAUGGAAUUAUGAUUGAGGCAUUUUGCAAGGAAAAGAAGUCCGGUGAAGCUGUUAAUUUACUUAACGAUAUGCUAGAUAAGAGGUAUAUACCAAGCCCAACACUUUGCUCUAAGGUGAUUGAUGUCUUGUGUGAAGAGGGGAAGGUUGAGGAGGCGUGUGAUUUGUGGAAGAAACUAUUGGUAAAAAAUUGUACUCCAGAUAAUACAAUAUCCAGCACACUUGUUCACUGGCUCUGUAAGAAGGGACAGAUUCGAGAAGCAAGGAAAUUGUUUGACGAGUUUGAAAAGAGUUCGAGUCCUAGUGUUUUGACAUAUAACAUGCUUAUUGCUGGGAUGUGUGAGAAAGGAGAACUGCAUGAAGCUGGGAGGUUAUGGGAUGACAUGGUAGACAAGGGUUGCAUUCCUAAUGCUUUUACUUACAACAUGUUGAUCAAAGGCUUUUGCAAAGUUGGAAAUGCUAAGGAAGGAAUUAGAGUUCUGGAAGAGAUGCUUGACAAAGGGUGUCACCCAAACAAAUCUACUUAUUCCAUCUUAAUCAAGGGGCUUCUUGACUCUGAACUCAACGCAGAAAUUUUAAGGGUGCUUGCUCUGGCAGCAUCAGGUGAUGUUGAUCCUGAAACUUGGGGAGUCCUUGUGGCCAAGUUUGUUACUGAUAUUCAAAAUGUAUGUGCCGUUUUGGAUAAGACAUUGUCAGAGAAUGAAGUGUAAAUGUUUGUUCUAACGUUCCUCAUGCCCAACAUUUGAUUCUAAAGGGAGAGCAAGCAUGGUUCACACAAGAAUUACCCAUUAAUGUGAGUUUUGGUGUUGGUCUCGGUGCCUGAUUCAAGAUGGUACAAGCUCCCCCGUGCAAACAUGUCUGAAGUUCAGAAGAACCUUGAUAUUCUUUGGACGACAGUGUCGGGCCAUUUGUGGAAGGAGGCUGGAAAAUAAUAAUGUGAAGCAUGGGAUAUGCUGUUUGAUGACAACAUAAAAGGAUCAAACAAGUAAAAGGUCGGCUUUCAACCAAGUAACAGUUCUACUGUAUUGCUCUGAGAUAGAGUAGGUUACUUAAUAUUGUUGUAAAUUAUGUCUGUCUUAUUAUGUGUAAAGGAAGAACAUAGUUGGAGAAUCAAUCCCUUAGCACUUCACAUAAAUAUUUAAAAACACUACAUCAUCAUGAAAUGUCCACUUCCAUUCUUCACGAUAUAAGUAGAAAGGAAACUAUGCCCAUGACAUCGUGUUAUGUUAGUCAUUUCUAGUACUACAACAUAAGAGACUCUUCUUGCACUUGUCCAAUUACAUUACAGCCAAAAAAGAAGAAGAAGAAGAAGAAGAAGAAGAAGAAGAAAAAGAGAGAUCUAUGGAAGAAAAAAAUAGCAAAGCCUUGAAGAAAAAUUGUCUACUUAGAGAUAUGAUGCCUAUACCAAGCAAACUUGCAUAAAAUUAUCUUGCUGCACUUCUCAAAAUGCUUCCAGAAUUGUUCCAAUAGAUAUUCAAAAUAUAGAAGGGUUUCUUUUUUGUCCAUUUAUUUUCGUUUGAUUAAUGAAAGAAUCAUUACCCUCUCCCUGGCCUUGUUUGUGAUUUGCUGCGGAAAAAAGUACUUCACGAGGAGGCAAGCAUCAUAAUUGGAUAAGAUGCCUUCAUCUGCUUCAAAUAAGUUGGAGGAAGGAGUGAAGCAGUUGCCGCUCUUUUUAUAAGAAACAUAUUCUGGCACCUUAGUAUCCUGAUGCAUCCUUUUGCACGAAUCUUCAAGAACGCAACUUUGGAUAUCUUUCCAAGUAAAACUCCCAACGGCAUCAUUUCCAGGUAUAUGAUAUUGAGAAGUGAGAACUAUCAAGAAUCUAGCUCAUGAUAGUCCUUUAGCUCGUUGCAUCUCAUACAACAUGACACCAACUAGCUGAUUUCAAAGAGCCUGUGUGGAUUUGCAUUCUGAAUUUCUGAUUUUUUUGGCUUAAUACAGUUGUUUUAUAGAAGCCUAAGCUGUUGUGUGUGCCACAAAGAGAUAAAAGUGUAAAACACACACCUAAAUUUCUCUCUCUUUUUUUUUUU